AUGGCCCCUGUGCUGGCACUGCUGGCCUUGCUGCAGCUGGGGAGAGGCUGCUUCUACGAUGCCAACCCAAGUGGGCUGCAGAGGGCAAAAGUGAAAACGGAAGGUCUAUGCCCGGGCAAUGCCACAGGGGAGGAAGACACUGUGGAAUUCACUGAGUUUGGUACAGAGCAUGUUGAAAUUCCUCAUCUUCCUCAAGGUUUUGAAGCUGCAAAAUAUAACACCUUGGAGAAAGUGGGAAUGGAAGGAGGCCAGGAAGCUGUGGUUGUGGAGCUGCAGUGUUCGCGGGACUCCAGGGACUGUCCUUUCCUGAUAUCCUCACACUUCCUCCUGGAUGAUGGCAUGCAGAGGGUUGCUUUUACCCAAAGUAGUGGAAGAUCGUGGUGUGCAAAGAACAGAUGUUGGAAACCUUGGAAGUGGGAUUUAUUUCACUCUGGAAGUGAGAGUUUGCUGCCCUUCCCCCAGCAGCUGGAGGCUUUUGUUUCAUGUGGGGAAAGGAUCCAGGGAAGUGGCCCCAGCACCUCCCACACACCUGCUGCACUGAGAGGUGCUCCCCUCCGUCUCCUGCCCUGCUCAGCCUUUCCAGUGGGCCCAGUAGAAGUCUGUGGGGAUGUGGGGAAACAACUGCGAGAGAAUGCAAACUUGGGUCAGGAGCUCCCAAUUAUUCUAAACCAUGGUGUUGGGUGCCCUGGAGGUCAGGGAGGGUCUUCAAGAAAGGGCUUUGUGGAGGCCAUCUGUGCAGCAGAGCCCACCCGUGCAGCAGAGCCCACCUGUGCAGCAGAGCCCACUUGUGCAGGGAGCUCACACGAUGUUUUUACUGUAAGUGUUGGAAACUUACCCCCUAAGCCUAAGGUUCUUAUAAAAAUUACCUACAUCACAGAACUCAGCAUCCUGGGCACUGUUGGUGUCUUUUUCAUGCCCGCCACCGGACCCUGGCAACAGGACAAGGCUUUGAAUGAAAACCUUCAGGAUACAGUAGAGAAGAUUUGUAUAAAAGAAAUAGGAACAAAACAAAGCUUCUCUUUGACUAUGUCUAUUGAGAUACCGAAUGUGAUUGAAUUCAUUUUCAGUGAUACAUAUGAACUGAAAGAAAAGCGCACAGACUGCAAAGCUGUCAUUAGCACCAUGGAAGGCAGCUCCUUAGACAGCAGGGGAUUUUCUCUCCACAUCAGUUUGUCUGCUGCCUAUUUCCCAAGAAUGUGGGUUGAAAAACAUCCAGAAAAAGAAAGCGAAGCUUGUGUGCUUGUCUUUCAACCCGAUCUCGAUGUCGACCUCCCUGACCUAGCCAAUGAGAGCGAAGUGAUUAUUUGUCUUGACUGCUCCAGUUCCAUGGAGGGUGUGACAUUCUUGCAAACCAAGCAAAUCGCCUUGCAUGCGCUGUCCUUGGUGGGUGACAAGCAGAAAGUAAACAUUAUCCAGUUCUGCACAGGUUACAAGGAGUUAUUUUCGUAUCCUAAGCAUAUCACAAGCAAUACCGCGGCAACAGAGUUCAUCAUGUCGGCCAUACCUACCAUGGGGAACACAGACUUCUGGAAAACGCUCCAAUAUCUUAGCUUAUUGUACCCUGCUCGAGGGUCAUGGAACACCCUCCUGGUGUCUGAUGGGCACCUCCAGGAUGAGAGCCUGACAUUACAGCUCGUGAAGAGGAGCCGCCCCCACACCAGGUUAUUCACCUGCGGUAUCGGGUCAGGGCUCAGACGCCACAGAGCAGAGGCGCUGGCACCUAUUCAUGCCUUCCUCAGUGAGGGCCUAUUCUGGGAGGAGCAUCGGGGCCCCAUUCUGGGGCUGGGAGGUGGGAUUUUCCGACGUACCAGGGAGGAAAUCAAGGGAGUAGAAGACCAAAUAACCAGGCUAUGUUCUCCGAGUUGCUGCUCUGUCUCGGUCAAAUGGCAGCAACUCAAUCCAGAUGCGCCCGAGGCCCUGCAGGCCCCAGCCCAGGUGCCAUCCUUGUUUCGCAAUGAUCGACUCCUUGUCUAUGGAUUCAUUCCUCACUGCACACAGGCAACUCUGUGUGCACUAAUUCAAGAGAAAGAAGAGAAAGAAUUUUGUACAAUGGUGUUGUCUACUGAGCUUCAGAAGACAACUGGAACUAUGAUCCACAAGCUGGCAGCCCGAGCUCUAAUCAGAGAUUACGAAGAUGGCAUUCUUCACGAAAAUGAAACCAGUCAUGAGAUGAAGAAACAAACCUUGAAAUCUCUGAUUAUUAAACUCAGUAAAGAAAACUCUCUCAUAAUACAAUUUACAAGCUUUGUGGCAGUUGAGAAAAGGGAUGAGAAUGAGUCGCCUUUUCCUGAUAUUCCAAAAGUUUCUGAACUUAUUGCCAAAGAAGAUGUAGACUUCCUGCCCUACAUGAGCUGGCAGGGGGAGCCCCAAGAAGCCGUCAGGAACCAGCCUCUUUUAGCAUCCUCUGAGUGGCAAGAAUUACAUUCAUCCAAACCAAAACUUAGGGCUAAAAGAAAAAAGAAAUUAUCUCAGCCAGAAGUUUCUGAAGAUUUUGAAGAGGAUGGCUUAGGUGUACUACCAGCUUUCACAUCAAAUGUGGAACGUGGAGGUGUGGAAAAGCUAUUGGAUUUAAAUUGGACAGAGUCAUGUAAACCAACAGCAACUGAACCACUAUUUAAGAAAGUCAGUCCACGGGAAACAUCUACUUCUAGCCUUUUUUGUGUUUCUGCUCCAGCCUUUGGUUCCUAUCUUCCCCCGACUGCCCGCGCUCACAGUCCUGCUUCCUUGCCUUUUGCCUCAUAUGGUCAGAUAGCUAGUUUCGAUUCAGCUACUCCUCCCAGACAGUUUGAUGCAUCUCAAUUCAGCCAAGGCCCUGCGCCUGGCAGUUGUGCUGACCGGAUCCCACAGUCGGCGUCUUGUCCCACAGGACCUCCCCAGAACCCCCUUUCUGCACCCUACGGCGGCAUUGCUCUUUCAGGGAGCUCACUGAGCUCCGCACAGUCUGCUCCACCGCAACCUCCUGGAGGCCGUACGACCAGGCCUUCUGCUGGCACCUUCCCUGAGCUGGAUUCUCCCCAGCUUCAUUUCUCUCUUCCUACAGACCCUGAUCGCAUCAUACGUUUUGGGUCUUAUCAUCCCUCUGCUUCUUCUCCUUUUCAUUUUCAACCUUCCACAGCCUCUUUGACUGCCAACCUUGGGCUGCCAAUAGCCUCUGCCUUACCUGAGCCUCUUUACAGUCGGUCCUGGACUACCCCAGUAGAUCUCUGUCUCCUAGAAGAAUCAGUAGGCAGUCUCGAAGGAAGUCAAUGUCCUGACUAUGGUUUUCAAAGUUGUUCUGAAUCAGAAAGUCAUGAGCUAUGAGAAUUACUUCCAGACAGCUGCUUUUUACAAAUAACAUGUGAUAAAACAGACAACCAUAUCCCGUGCUUUCUGGAAGUAAUAGAGGAGGAUGAAAUAGUGUGCACACAGCACUGGCAGGAUGCUGUGCCUUGGACAGAACUCUUCAGUCUACAGACAGAGGAUGGCUUCUGGAAACUUACACCAGAACUGGGAUUUAUAUUAAAUCUUAAUACAAAUGGUUUGCACAGCUUUCUUAAACAAAAAGGCAUUCAAUCUCUAGGUGUAAAAGGAAGAGAACAUCUCCUGGACCUAAUUGCCAGAAUGCUGGUACUACAGUUUAUUUGCACCUGGUUGGAAAAAAAGGGAAUAGUGUUCAAAUCACCGAUGGAACUGGAUGACGCUUCUAUUUCCAGGAAUAUUCCCUGGGCUUUUGAGGCAAUAAAGAAAGCAAGUGAAUGGGUAAGAAGAACUGAAGGACAGUACCCAUCUAUCUGCCCACGGCUUGAACUGGGGAAAGACUGGGACUCUGCCACCAAGCAGUUGCUGGGACUCCAGCCCAUAAACACUGUGUCCCCUCUUCACAGAGUUCUCCAUUACAGUCAAGGCUAAGUCAAAUGAAACUGAAUUUUAAACUUUUUGCAUGCUUUUAUGUAGAAAAUAAUCAAAUGAUAAUAGAUACUUAUAAUGAAACUGGAUUAAGGUUUUAUUCAGUGUAGCAAUUAGUGUCUUUAAA